AUGCUCAGUCGCGUGGACAGUCUGCUGGGCUCGCAGCCCGGCGCCUCCGUCUCCUCCACGUCGCCGCUGAUGAUGUCGUCGAGCGCGCGGCCGUUCCAGCGAGGCGAGGAGCAGAAGGAGCCGUCCAGUUGCGGGGCGGAGAUUCUCUACAACUCGCCCGUCAGACUGCGGCUCAGCAGUCGGCAGUGCCUCAGGAUUUCGGCGGUGAAGGACAGCGGCCAGCACCACCAGACAGCGUCGCACUUGCCGCCCAGACCCACAGGCCCUGGAGCAGCAACAACAGCAGCAGCAGCAGCAGGUUCAUCCGAGGGAAUCGCUCGGACGCGGCCGUCGACGUUGGCGCAGAUCGACGUGAGUGGAGACGGAUUGGAUGGAGACGACGACCAGAUCUUCGUGCUGCAGAACACGGCACUGCGCUCGGACUGCGCGGCGGUGCAUUACUCGGACGUUGUGUCGCUCUACUGCGUGGGCGGGAGCUGCAAAGGGCAGUUUCUGUCGGUGGACGCUGCCACGCAGACGCUGACGACGAAGAAGGGACCAGUGAUAUCCAACAGCGAGAAGUGGAGGCUCAUGAACCCUGCCGCUGACGGCCGCGAGGACUUCGUUGGGGGCAACCAGGAUUCGUUCGUGUCUGUGGAUGCCGCGAGCAGGUUGUGGGGCCAGCAAAAAGCGAUUGCAACCAGCGAUCGAGUCAUGCUCAAGAUGAACACAGCCGACCUCUACCUCUCCGUGCGUCCAAGUCGCAAAGAAAACGAUGGCAUCAACGAUACACUGCAGGUGUGGAAGGUGACCAAGUCGAACCUGCCCUACGACCCUGAAUGGAAUCGCGAGCGUCCGUACUUGACCGGCGAAGCUUUUGUUCAACCGCAAGCCAAGAGACAUCAAGCUGCAGAUGACGGUGGUCUGAACCUGGCUCCGUUGUCCACGUAUCCACCGUCGGUUCAAGAAUCGAUUAUUGUGGACGAGUUGCUGUACGUCCUUCUCGGUGUGGAAGGUCGCUAUAUCAAACUGGCAGUCACGGAGACUCACGGCGUGGAUACCGCAAAGUCAACACGCUCGCUCAAGUUCGGUCUCAAUCAACCUGGCAUGGAUCCGUCAUUGCUAACCUUGGCAUCCCGGUGCCUGCCAUUGGGCGAGUUCUACCUGAAGUUGACCCUCUACAUUGAACAGUUUUCUCGUUAUGAGUACGGUCAAGUGAGCCACGCGCUUUGUGCAGCAUUGAAGACUCUCGUGAAGGAGUAUAAGAUUAUGGUGGGACAACUCGAGCACCAGGCACGAUGUGGGGCAACGGGUAUGGAUGGAGCUACGCCCUACACCAUCCAGAAGUUGUGGUAUCACGUGCAGCCAAGCUUACGAACGUUGGAGAUGCUGAGUUUGCUCGUGGAUGCUUUGUUUUCCUUCCUGAUGGAGCGCGCCAGUGUGCCGUAUCUGAAGAUGGUGGAGCGGUGGAUUUAUCAUGGAGAUCUUGUUGAUCCGUACGACGAAUUCAUGAUCCGGCGAGAUGAACAGGUGAGCAAAGAGGAUGUUCAAGACAACCCUUACUCCACGUAUUGGCAGAGCCGCUAUACAGUACGUGAGUCGCAAGUGCCUCUCUUUCUUACUCGAGUCGCGCAAAAGAUUUUGACUGCGGGCAAGUACCUGAAUGUCUUUCGCACAUGCAACCGUCAAGUGGAUUGCCCGUUUGCUGGAGAGAUCGUGUAUUCCUCGAGUGAAUCGGUGUACGAGGAGCUGAUCGACAAGGCUCACGCAUUUGCGAGUCGGACACUAUUGGAUCUGUUUGUGCGCGAGAACGACCUGCAAAACCGCCUUAUCUCGUUGAAGCACUACUUCCUCAUGGACCAAGGAGAUUUUUUUGUUGAUUUCAUGGACGUGGCUGAGGAAGAGCUGAAACUGCGAGCUGAUAAGUUGUCUCUCCCCAGAUUGGAGUCGCUGCUUCAUUUGUCGCUCCAGACUUCCACAUGCUCUUCGGACCCGUACAAGGAUGAUCUACAGUGCUUCUUGUCGCCGCACAAUCUUAUCUCUCACAUGGAGGCCAUUCAUCAACGAGCCCAAAAACGAGUUCGAGACUCGCUGACGACGUUCGAGUCUUCGUCCAUUGGUCACCCAGGCUAUAAGGUGAUCGAUGCGUUCACACUCGACUACAACGUGAAGUGGCCGCUGUCGCUCGUGAUCUCUUGCGGGGCGCUGACCAAGUACCAAAUGAUUUUCCGUCACAUUUUCUUUUGCAAGCACGUGGAGCGCCAGCUCUGCGACGCCUGGCUUAACCACCAGGCGACAAAGGAGCUUUCACUGCGUUCAGCGCUCGGUCCGUCGUUUUGUUUGAGACAGCGCAUGCUGCACUUCCAGCAAAAUUUUGUCUAUUACAUGAUGUUCGAGGUGAUUUCGCCGCGGUGGCACGACUUCCAGCAGCAGUUCGCGACUGCGGAAACGGUGGACGACAUUCUGGAGUUCCAGGGCGAGUUUCUCGAUAUCUGCCUGAAGGAGUGUCUGCUGACGGACCCCGACCUCCUGCGCGUGCUGACGAAGCUCAUGACCGUGUGCAUGACCUUCGCGAACAGCAUCGAGAGGUUCACGCGGCCGUAUUUCUUGGAUGAAGAGACCAUCAAGGCUGAGCGCGAGGCUGAGCGCGACCGCCGGGCGGAGAAACGAGCGCGCGAAGAAGCGGAAGUCGCCCUGGCGAGCUACCAGCGGCAGAAGGGAACCUUUGGCGGCAAGAAGAAAGGUGGCGUAUUGAGGCGGCGUCAGUCCUCCCAGGUUGAUAUGCGGCGAACGCGCAUCAAGGAGCUGUCUGACGAUGUGGAGCGCGCACUGACCGAAGGCGACAAAGAGAACCCUUUCGUGCGCAUGACGAACGACUUGGAGAAUCAGUUUGACUCACUGCUCGGCGAGUUCAUGCAGCAGCUGCUGCGACGAUCGUUGCUGCAGCAAAACUCGCAUCUCUCAAACUUGUGCACGCGACUUGACUACAACGGCUUCUACACCAAGUAG